AUGGUGGUAGCGCACUCCAUGCACCUCCCCUCUCCCAACCACUCCCUCACCCUAAAAACAAAAAUGUCUUACGAAGGAGGUUACAACAACCAAAACGGUGACAGUUACCGCGGCGGUGGAGGCUACGGUGGCCGCAGCUAUUCUCGCGACGGCGACGGUGGAUACCGUGGCCGUGGUGAUAGAUAUGGCGGUCGUGACCGUGGUGGAUACCGCGGUGGUAACGAUCGUAACAACGACCGUUUUUACAACGGCGGUAGCUCCUUCGGUGGCGGUGCCCUGAACGAGAAGCCCAACUGGAGCGAGGAAACCUUGACUCCUUUCCAAAAGGAUUUUUACAAGGAACACGAAAAUGUUCGUCUCAAGUCUGAUGCUGAGAUUGAGCAAUUCAGAAAAGAAAAGGAGAUGGUGGUCAUUGGUGAGAAUGUUCCCCGUCCUAUCUCCACCUUCGAGGAAGCCGGCUUCCCCAACUAUGUAUUGAAGGAGGUCCAGGCACUCGGUUUCGAGUCUCCUACUCCCAUUCAGCAACAGGCUUGGCCCAUGGCUAUGUCUGGUCGUGAUAUGGUCGGUAUUUCUGCCACUGGUUCCGGUAAGACGCUUUCUUACUGUCUUCCCGCAAUUGUUCAUAUCAACGCUCAACCCCUUUUGGCUCCCGGUGACGGACCUAUUGUUUUGGUUCUCGCUCCCACCCGUGAGCUUGCCGUUCAAAUUCAACAAGAGUGCACUAAGUUUGGUCACACUUCACGUAUUCGCAACACUUGUGUUUACGGUGGUGUUCCCCGUGGUCCUCAAAUCCGUGAUUUGGCUCGUGGAGUAGAGAUUUGUAUCGCUACCCCUGGCCGUUUGUUGGACAUGUUGGACUCUGGCAAGACCAACCUUCGUCGUGUCACCUACUUGGUUUUGGACGAGGCUGACCGCAUGCUGGACAUGGGUUUCGAGCCUCAAAUCCGUAAAAUUGUCGAUCAGAUUCGUCCUGAUCGUCAAACUGUUAUGUUCUCUGCCACUUGGCCCAAGGAGGUCCAACGUCUGGCUCGCGACUAUCUGAAGGACUAUAUUCAAGUUACUGUAGGUUCCUUGGAUCUUGCCGCUUCUCACAACAUCACGCAAAUCGUUGAGGUUGUUGAUCCCGCUGACAAGCGCGCUCGCCUCUCUAAGGAUUUGGAAAAGGCCAUGGAAGACAAGGAGUCUAAGGUCCUUGUUUUCACUGGCACCAAGCGUGUUGCUGACGAGAUCACUCGUUUCUUGCGUCAAGAUGGUUGGCCCGCUCUUGCCAUUCACGGUGACAAGGCUCAAGACGAGCGUGAUUGGGUGUUGAACGAGUUCCGUACUGGAAAGUCCCCUAUUAUGGUUGCUACCGAUGUGGCUUCUCGAGGAAUUGAUGUUAAGGGUAUCACUCACGUCUUCAACUUCGACUUUCCCGGCAACACCGAGGACUACGUCCAUCGUAUUGGUCGUACUGGUCGUGCCGGUGCUAAGGGUACUGCUUACACUUACUUCACCCAGGAGAACUCUAAGCAAGCUCGUGACCUCAUUGGUAUUCUUCGUGAAGCCAAGCAAAACAUUGACCCCAAGUUGGAGGAAAUGGCUCGUUACUCUGGUGGCGGUGGUAACCGCCGUUGGGGUGGACGCGGCCGUGGCCGUGGUGGUUAUGGUCGUGGCGGCGGCGGAUACGGCGGCCGCGGCUACACUGGCAGCAACAAUGCUCCUCUCGGCCGUUCGAGAUGGUAG